AUGCCUGGCUUUAAUGCAAGAAAUAUACGUGUUCUUGAUACAAAGUUUAUUUGUUCUGUUUGUUCGUUUAUAUUAAAAGAUCCAAUGCAACUAAUUUGUUGUGGUCAUCGAAUAUGUCGAACUUGUUUGCAGCGACAACAUGAAAUGAACAUAAAAUGUCUACAAUGUUCAAUGGAGACAUUUCUAAGCCAAGUAAUGAUAGAUCAAGGUUUCAAAAAUGAUAUGCAAUCAUUACCAAUUGAAUGUUCUUUUUGUAAUUGGAUUGGUUUUCUUAAAGAUUAUCAAGAACAUCUCGAUCAACAUCAUUCAAAUCCAAUAUGCGAAUAUUGUAAUCAACAAUUUGCUUCAGUUGAAAAUCUGAAUGAACAUAAAAUAUCGACAUGUGAAAACAUCUUUGUAAACUGUCUCUUAAAAGAUUUUGGUUGUCAUGAACAAAUUCAUCGUUAUAAUAUAUUGAUUCAUUAUUCAAGUGAAGAACAUCAAAAUACAUUAAUGAAAGUUCUUCUCUAUCAAAUGAACAAUUAUUCACUGCGGUCAACAUCAGUAGUAGCUGUUGAUUUCAAUACAGUUCUUUUUCACGAGUUAUGUGAAAUACUCGAAAUGUCACCGGAUGAAUUAAAUAUAUCGAGCAGUAAUCGACAAGAGCAGCUCAAUACUGCAUUAUUUCAAUGUCAAAUAAAAUGUCCAACAUUGACACUUAAUUUUUUAGAAUCAAAAAUAUCGCUACAGGAAAUCGAUGAAAGUUGGGAUGGACGAACAGUCAAUAAUGUUAGCAUUCAAAACGAUUUAACAAAAUUGAAAAAAACAGCUGAAAACUCGCAAUAUGUGUCAUAUGAUGGAACACUUAUUUGGAAAAUUACAAAUGUUCAAGAAAAAAUGAUUGAUGCUCAGUCUGAACGGCAAACAUCAAUUUAUUCACCUCCAUUUUAUUCAUCAUCUAGUGGCUACAAAAUGUGUGCUCGUCUAUAUUUGAAUGGUGAUGGAAAUGCUCGUCGUACACAUAUGUCGCUCUUUUUUGUACUUAUGCGAAGUCCGAACGAUCCGAUUCUUCCAUUUCCAUUCAAGUAUAAAGUCACCUUUUGUUUGUAUGAUCAAACGUCUUCGGCGCGACAUAUAAUUGAUUCAUUUCGACCAGACAUUCGCUCAAGUAGUUUUCAACGUCCACGAUCGGAAAUGAAUAUUGCAAGUGGUAUACCAAAAUUUCUUCCAUUGAAAAGGAUUCAACAAGAAGGAAAUUCUUAUGUUCGAGAUGAUACAAUGUUCAUUAAAAUUAUGGUUGACUUUGUAGGUAUACACAGCACAUUAUUGCACUAUGCUUUGAGUCUCAAUCCGGGUCUACCAACUCAUAUUCAACAAGAGAUGAUUAAUCAAGAAGCUGAACGUAGAUCUCAAUAA